UUUCUCCCACUGAUAUGCCAUGUAGAUUCAAGAUUCAAGGUCUUUAAAAACCAGAAAUUACAAAUAAAAAAUAAGUCUUAUUUGGGGUAAAAUUAGGAGCUAAAAAGGUACUAUUACGAACUAUAUCUAUGAACAAUACACAAAGAAAGGACAGAGACAAUACAAAGUUAUGGUCAGGAUAUUGUAAACAAGAGGACGAAGACACGUGCAAGAUGCAAAAAGUGCAAAUAAGCAUAUUGUUCCCAGGUCCAGUUUGUAGUAGAUUUGUGGAAGUUUGUGUUGUUUUUGAGUCUUUUGGUGAGUAUUGUAUCAAGAAGUAACCCCAGAUACUUUCUAAGAUGAAAGAUUUCAUAAAAAAAAGUAAAAAUCAGUUAAAAAACCUGACUGUCCCAGUGAUUUAUGGCAGUUUAUGCACAUUUCCAAAAUGGAUCAACUGUCAGUGCAGUGUAAGAAUACAGAAAAAUGGCUGUUAAAAAAAGAAAACUCCACUGCAGGUUAUUUUUUGCUCAUUUUUAAUUUUUUGUCUUAGAUGAUAAAACUGUAAAAAAUUCAACCAUUGUUUAUCAGUCAGUGAUUAAAAAACCUUAAAAUUAGGGCUAAAGUUUAUAUUAAAGUUUAAUUUAAAGUUUAUAAUAUCAUAAAUCUCUGAGGAAAGAUGAUAAAUUGUACUGAGAUUUUCAUUUCUGCUAAUCUCAGAUUACAGUGAAGCACAUCUAAUCUGCUGUUCUCAGAUCACACAUCACAGGCACUCAGCUCACGCCUUUCAUGUGUGAGUUGCGCUGCUCACAGGCCGAAGGACACAUCUUGACCUUUGACCUGCAGGUGUAGCUGAUUCCUAGCAGCAUGCUGGGCCACGUCACUGCUGUCAAACUGAUGGAUUUAUGGUCAGCAGGCGAGUGUUGACUCAUUGUGAAACUCAAACAGCUGAGGGCAUCGUGACCAGCGUUACCUGCAGGAAAGGAAAAAACAUAGUUGUGCAACACCUGUCCAGGGCAGUCCACCAUUCUGUCAGGUGUGCCAGACGGCGGGGUUGAACCUUCACACCUGCUGCAGGUGGAGAGCUAACAGAUGCGCGAUGGAUGCCGGAGCAGGGAGUAACCGCGCGGUGGUGGUGUACGUGGCCCAGUUUGACCCCGGCGUGAGUCUGGGGGACAGGGCUGGAGCCCAGAAAGACGCCAAGAGACUCCACGGCACCCUCAGCAGGCGGGGCUUCGAGGUGGAGCUGCACAGCGACCUGAGCGGUGACGAAAUCUACGAGCUGUUUGUGCAAGAGAGCAGGCGGCCUGUGAAGGACUGUUUCCUGGCUGUCUUUUCAUCUCACGGGGAGGAGGACUGCGUAUUCGGAGCUGACGGGAAACCCGUCCGGCUGUCUCGAAUCUUCGCAUAUUUUGACAACGAGUGCAUGGAGAAUAAAGCCAAAGUGUUUUUCAUACAGGCGUGUCGGGGAGACGCUCUGGAUGAUGGAGUGGAGGUGGACUCGGCCGGUGAUGCCACCGACUGCAACUUCUCUCUCCACCUCUCUGCUCCUGUAGAUACAGCUGUGAUGUAUGCCACGCCCCCAGGUUACGGAGCCUUCAUGAGCCCGCUUGGAUCUGUCUUCCUGCAGACGUUCUGCACGUUGUUGGAGGACGAGGCCCAUCAGAAACUAGAGCUGACUCGCCUGAUGACCCGCCUCUCCCACAGGGUGGCCUACACCUUCCAGGCCAAAGGUCGUGAGCUGGGUGGGAAGAAAGAGAUGCCGUGCUUUCUGACACGACUGACCAGAGAGGUGUUCCUGUCCUCAGAGUCAGAGAGAGAAGCCAAGACUGCAGAUCUCUGAUCCUGGGAAAGGUUUUCCUAAAGUUCUUGAAGAUGUUGUGUCACCAUAAGGCUGAAAAUUUCUUGAGAAGUUUCACAAAUUUCUGCUGUUCAUUGAUCAACUUUAAUGUGACUGCAAUAAACUGGAGCUUGUUUUCUCAUUUA